AUGGACCCUUUCUCCAUUAUAGUGGGAACUGUGGGUUUGGCAGACGUCUCCAUCCGUGUCAUUACUUAUCUCAGCUCUCUCAAAAGUGCAACCUCCAAAAUUCAGGAUGAAAUUACCAUCCUGGGACAAGAAAUCGAAGCUCUCGUGGCUGUAAAUGACUCAGUCGAGGACUUCUGGCAUUCAAGGCAUGACCUGGAUGGCUUUGAUGUGUCAGCCAAUGAUGGAUCUCAUGCUAGUAAUGUUUGGAAGAACUUAGCAUCGCUGUUGCAGCAAAGCAAGGGAACUAUUGAACAACUCGAGGUAUUGCUGAAGGAGGUGGUCGGCAAGAAACAUGCGCUCGUAGGGGGCAAGCUCGAUGGUCUUAGAAAGACGAUCCGACGACAGGAUCGAGAUGGAGAAUAUAUGCAAAUACGCCAGCGCCUCGCCAAUAACCAAGCCGGUAUCCAGAUGUUAUUGAGUGCGCUUAAUCUCUCCUACACGCUCAAAUCGCAUGCAGCAGCGGACCAGACUGUGGACUCGCUACCAGAGAACUUGCAGCACCAAAACAAUAAGCUCGCAAUAAGAAUAAAAAAUCUGCGCCGGAUUAUGCAAGGCUCAACCGACCCAGACAAUCUCCAUGAUUCCCUCGUUUCCGCGGACGCAGUGGCAUCUCUCAUUAGGUUCAACAAGCAUUUCGACAUGCCUCAAACAGUCAGCAGUUAUUACACGGGUCGACAGAAGCAGUUAGAUGUGCUUAAGUCGACACUCGACGUCGUCAAUUCUCGCGAACCUCAAGACCACCAAAAGCGCUUCGUCAUUUAUGGUCUUGGAGGUUCUGGGAAAACACAAUUCUGUUGCAAAUUUGCGCAAGACAACCGGGAACAUUUCUGGGGUGUCUUCUGGAUUGACGGGAGUUCGUACGAAAAUGCAAAACAUUCCUUCGCGGGAAUUGCCAAAAUUGGUGGCGUCGAACCCAACGAAAAUGCGGCAAAGAACUGGCUUUCUAGUUUACAGCAACCCUGGCUACUUCUCAUCGAUAAUGCGGACGACCCUGAAAUCGACGUGAUGCGCUACUUUCCAGGAGGGGAAAGAGGCGUGAUUCUUAUCACCACUCGCAAUCCUACGAAUAAAGGAUAUGGGACGGAUGGUUCCCGCUUCUUUCACUUCGACAAGUUGGAGAGCGAAGAAGCUAGUGACCUCCUUUUGGCGGCUGCCGCUUCCCCACGUCCUUGGGGGGUACCGACAAGAUCCUACGCCAAGCGAGCCGCGCAAAUCCUAGGCUUUUUGCCUCUUGCACUCAUUCAUGCCGGAAAGGCCAUCUUGGAGAAACUGUGUUCUUUGAGUGACUAUCCAGAGUACUACGAACGAACGUGGAAUAAAAUCCGCCGUGACCGAACUCGAAGGUCCUCUCAUAGUCACGAGGAUAACCAUGCGUUGAACAUGAGUGUGUAUUCUUCAUACGAGAUGAUAUAUCUCGGUCUCGAAAGUAAAAACAAUGACCAAUCCAGGGAUGCCAUUGAACUACUGAAGACAUUCUCAUUCUUCUACUGGGAGAACAUCGAGUUUGAUCUCCUAACAAAUGCAGCAUCGAACCCUCGGCGAGAACGAGAAGAUGCACGAGCCAAGGAGCGCAUGGUAAAACCAGUAGCGGUCCACCCAAGACCCAAAACAUGGACGAAAGCAUUUCGUGACUGGGCCGCUUCAGUAAUAGAACCGCUUACGAGACCAAGUAUUAUCCUGCCUGCUGUUCUGCGUGACGAGGACGACGACCCAUUCGAUGAAGACCGGCUACGCAGCGCCCUGUCUCUUCUAGUUCGUCUUGGUAUGCUGACACUUCACGAUGACAACAAUAGUUAUUGGAUGCAUCCACUGGUCCACACCUGGGUGCGACAGAGGCCUGAGACAAGUACGGCAGAGCAAGCCGUUUGGUGUCAAGCAGCAGCCACGAUAUUGGCACAGUCGAUUUUUUUCCAAGCUCCGCGUGCAUAUACGGCCCAGGAUGAGAAGACAAAGAGACAAAUAUAUCCACACGUGGAGAAUGUGCGGAAAUUACAGGCAGAUAUCAAGAAACGGUUCGAAGAAAACCAGAGGGCUCCUCACUGGAUUUGGCCGUUGAGGUUGCUGGCGCCUCAGCCGGGCUUUGGGAGGCUGCAGGCGACUGAAUAUGCGAAAUUCAGUUUGGUUUACCUUCAUUGCGGGUACUGGUCCAAAGCCGAAGAGCUUCAGCUUCAAGUAAAGGACUAUUUAUUUGCAAAGCUGGGACCCGAGUCCGAGUAUAGCAUUGCCAUUGCGUUCUUACUGUCCAGGAACUAUGUUUGGCAGACACGGAACAACGAGGCGAGAGUGCUACAAUACCAAGUCCUGGAUUCUGCGAAAAAGCUAUAUGGUCCAAAUCAUCCUACAACGCUACAGAUCAUGGAUACCCUUGGUGCCACGUGUGUCUUGAGCAGUAGAUACCGAGAGGCAUAUCGGCUACACCAAGAAGUUAUCGAAAGUCUGUCGAGGUUGGAAGGGUUCGGUCCAGAGCAUGAAGCAACAUGGACCGCCCUGGAUAAUCUUUCCAAAGUCAAGCUUCGCUAUUUUGAGCAUGAAGAGGCGGUUAAUCUACAACUGCAAGCAUAUGAGGGGAUGCAAAAGACGCUGGGUCCUAUGCAUGAGAAAACCUUAGAGGCUAAAGACAAUCUUGCCGCUAUAUACGGGUUUAUUGGCGAGAAGUAUCUUCCACUUGCUCUUCAGAUGAGUGAGGAGGUUAGAUCGAUCCGGAAAGAAACACUGGGGCAUGAACACCCUCUUACACUCAAAUCCACGUUGACCGUCGCGAAGAUCAAGACUGCCAUGAAUCAGUUUCAGGAGGCUGAACAAAUCUUCCUAGAAGGGUUGCCCAUUGCUAAAAGGAACCUGGGUGAAAAUCACCUAGGAACUCUCACAGCUCGAACCUGGCUUGGACACCUCUACUGGCGUCAAGAACGGUAUUCGGAAGCGCAGGCCAUCUGGGAAGAUAUAGUUACAAAGCAGACAUUUGAACAGACGAAACGGCCAGAUGGGGGGCAUGGGGAUCGAGUUCAAGUAAUGUGGUUCUUAGUCCACUGCUAUGAGGACCAAGGGAAAAUCGAAGAUGCCCUAAAUAUGUGUGAGGAUGUAAUCCAAAUCGUCAGCAACUUUGGAGGAGAAGGACUAGGCCAGCAGCACAAACUCUGGCAAUCUCUGAAGGAAAAGAAAGAGGAGCUACUGAAGCUCAAGGAGCAGGAUCAGAAUCAUGUCGUUGUUGAUAGCGCGGAUGUCCCGUCAACAUCUGCAUCAGCGAUACUACUCAAGAAAGUGGUCAAAGACUUUACUUUCUAG